AUGGUUUCCAGUUCCAAAGGAGGUGGUCUUGUUCCCAUAACCAGGGCUUUUCUAUCAUCUUACUACGAUAAACACCAUUUUCCGCCUGUCUCUGAUGACGUUUCUCGUAUUUCCCAACAACUUCAUAACUUGUCGAACAAUCUACGCAACACAUCUCUUCCGCUUCCUCAAGGAGAAAGGCUUCUGUUAAAAGAAGUGGAGUCGCAGCCACCACAUAAGAUCGAUGAGAACAUGUGGAAGAACCGAGAACAGAUUGAAGAAAUCAUUUUUUUGUUGGAAAGCUCUCAUUGGCCUAUAACACUUCAAAAACAAUCUACACCUGAAGAUGUUGAACUUGCUCGCCUUCUUAGAAAGCUAAAAGCAAAAUUUGAAGGCAUUUUGAAGAUUGUGGAAUCCUUCCAGUCCAAAAGUUCUGAAAAUGUGUUCAACACAGUUAUGACCUAUAUGCCCCAAGACUUUCGGGGUGCACUAAUCAGGAAACAACGUGAGCGGUCAGAAAGGAAUAAGAAAGCUGCAGUUGAUGCUUUAGUCAAUUCUGGAGGAAGCAUACGUGAACGAUAUGCUCUCCUAUGGCACCAGCAAAUGGAACGGAGAAGACAAUUAGCUCAACUUGGUUCUGCUGCAGGUGUCUAUAAGACGGUUGUGAAAUACUUAGUAGGUGUGCCACAGGUUCUACUGGAUUUUGUUCGCCAGAUAAAUGAUGAUCAAGGGCCGAUGGAAGAGCAGAGGCAUCGCUAUGGACCUCCUAUGUAUGCUCUUACAAAAAUGGUGCUUAAUAUUCGCCUUUUUCUUUCUUUGUCAUGGUGGCGCUAUGAUGAUGUUAAAUUACAGAAGCAGCAAAUAUCCCUCUUAGAAGAAGCAGUUGAUGCCUAUACAUCUGAGUUGGAAAGAUUCCUCAGUUUCAUUGCCGAAGUGUUUGCAAAUUCUCCUUUCUUCGUGACAGCUGAGGAAGCCGGCGCAAUAGAAGCAAAUAAAAAUGAUUACAGAGAAGAAAGUAUUCCAGCUGGGACAACUUAUGAGGUCUCAUUGGAGGUCGAAUCGGUAAAUUCAUACAUUGCUUGGGAUUUCUCCAUUGCCCAAGGGAAAAUUAGCAUGGAUAUUGGAUUCAGCAUAGAGUAUACAAAUCCGAUGGGACAAAAAACGCUGAUACUGCCUUACCGCCGAUAUAAUUCUGACCAAGGUAACUUCUGCACAGUCAUGGCUGGCAACUACAAACUCAUUUGGGACAACUCAUUUUCAACAUUCUUCAGAAAGGCCCUGCGAUACAAGGUGGAUUGUAUACCACCAGUUGUGGAACCAGAAGAGGAAGAAACAGAAACAAUAUGAGUAUAUGACAUGUCAUUGUUACAAAGAUCAUGCCUAACCAUGAGUUAUAUAAACCACUAUUCAGGGUAAUCAAAUU